AACAUUGCAUAUUCUGUAUAAGCAAAGGUCUAUGUUGUCGGGAAGGAGUCGGGGACCUGGCUCCCUGAGUUCCCAGCUACAAAACUAUAUCCCACCCCUCCAUGUCAUCCACUACACUGACGGCAUGGUUUGUACGGUCCCAUGCCUUUGGAUGCUGUAGUACUUUGUGUUUUGCACUGCCACGCAUGGCGAGCUUCCUCCGAAUUCACAAGGAUUAGUAUGGCAUGUAAUUAUACUACAGGAGAGGGUGGUCGGAGACAGCAGGCACAUGGCUCUCAGAAUCAAACGGGUACAGUUGACUCCCUCCUAAUCCAUUCCUUAGACAACCCAUACAUUUUUCCAUUUUCCAAGUUCCCAUACUCCCCCCAAAUAGCUCUCAGAUAUCCCGUACUCUCCUCAUACCCCAUACCCUAUGACCUAUCCUGAAUGGGUAUGGGUUAUAAGGGAGUUGACUGUAAAUACCUCGCACGUAGCCCGGGGCCGAAGGGGGACACGCAGGAAGCCCGUAGUGAGAGACUAUGCGAGGAGAGGGGCGACAGUGACGAUACCA